GGAUUAUCAUACAAAACGAACUGGAGAUGUUAUUCCUGCCUGGCAUAAUAUUCCAAAAUCACAUAGCAGUAGCAUCUUGGAAGUAGAGUCUGCCUCUUCUGCAACCUGCAAGACAAAAAAUAAAUACUGCUUUGGUAAUGGUGGGGAGAUACUUGUUUCAUCCAAGAGUGAGCUAGAUGAAUUACAAGAAGAAGUAGCAAGAAGGGCCCAGGAGCAGGACUUCCAAAGGAAGCAGGAAAAGGAACUAGAGGCAGCAAUGGGCUUUAAUCCCCACCCAAGCCGAUUCAUGGAUCUGGAUGAACUGCAAAAUCAGGGGAGGACUGGUGGCUUUGAGAGGCCUGUGCAAGAGGCAGAUUCAGUCUUUCAAGAGUCACUACAUCAAGAGCAGAAGGGAGAUUGUGCUGCAGCUUUGGCUCUCUGUAACGAAGCUAUAUCUAAACUAAGACUUGCCAUGCAUGAUGCCAGCUCUAGCACUCAGAGCAGAGCUCUAGUCGAUAAGAAGCUGCAAAUCUAUGUCCGAAAAGAGCGGAGCCUCCAGGAUCGCAUGCAGCAACAACAGCCUGUACAACCGCCGCCCACCUGCCACCCACCACCGGGGGGCAACAUGACACAAUCUACAAGUAAACAGACUGUCCCACUCCAAGUACUGCUGAGACAGAAGAUAGUGCUGGAACCCAGCAAAGAAGCAGAACCUGGGUCCAGUUCCUACAUCCAUCCGCUUGCUUCCCAUCCCGAAAAGCAAUCAUCAUAUUCUAAGUCCCUACUUCAAUCCCUUCCUGAAAACAGUCUGAACUUUCAAGCUGCUUCUGUUACUUUCAGUGAUCAAGCUACCUCUUUUCCUUAUAGACAAGCUGUUAGUGACCGAUCCAUUCAGACUAAGAAUGAAAUCAAUGGUGAUCUGAAACUUGCUUCUCCUACUACCUUAAAAGAUUAUAAGGACCACAACAGUAACAUUAAGGUCAAGAAACUACAUAAUGUAGCAACUCCUUUCACCUCCUACUGCAAAAUGAAUUUAAACAUGACAAACUCUGAAUCAUUACCUACACUCUUCCCCUCUUCACCGUCACCCAGCAAAAAAGGCCUAUGUAAUCCGCUCUUCCACUCAGGAAGUGUUUCAGAAUGGCCUGGUGCUGCUCCGCCUGGGGACUAUCAUGGUGCAACAUUGCCUUCUCUCUCCCCUCAUUUUUCUCCAGAAGCAUUACAGACUACUGUGCCACUCGAAGUAAACAGCCAUGGGAGUUUACAUCACCCGCAAGAAGAAUUUGUCAACGGGGAUUCUUUGAAAUCUGAGGGUGUAAGUAGCAAAAGACAUGUCCUUUCCACUGCAGAACAGUUUCAGUGGCUGGAGGGAGAUUUUCAAAGACAAGGCAUUUACGAGGAAAAAAGGAAGGCAGCUGCCUGUCAUGAUCAAAAUGCUCCAAACUUACAGCAGAGAUCCUACAGCAGCCCUUUUUUCCUCAAGCUGUCAGAUACUGGAAGACAGGAGAAUGGAAUGCCACCUGCCGAAAUUUUGGACUCAAGCCUUUCUAAAAUUGAGCUGAGUUCUGAAGAUUGUUUUAGUGCUUCCAAUAUCACUUCUAAGAGUUCUGAGUCACAUAAAAAAAUCCUCUGCAACAAAGGGAAACAAUGUACCUUGAUUCCCAAGUUAUAUCCAAGAAGAUGCAGCUGUGAGGAAGAAACAAGACACACCAAUUAUAGAAAUCCUGCUGACUCGGUUGCAUCUGUGCCUGUGGACAGCUGCACAGACCAUGUUAAAAAGUAUUGUAAUACUCAGCAUAAGAGUACCAGCUGGCUUUUGAUGCCUGGAGACAAAUCACCUGUGAUCAGUCAGAUAGCUUUUGGGGAAGAUCCAGUGCAGAAUCAAGAAACAGUGCAGGAGAUUUCUGAGCUGGAAUCUCUGUAUCAGGCUAGCAUACAAGCACCACAGACAAGUAAAUCUCUACUGGGAAAACUGGACAAUUCCAAGCCGGUGUUGGACAAAACAGCAAACUUGCCUACAAGAAAGACACACAGGGGUCUGUCAAGAACAGCAGAAUCUGAACACAACAUCUGUGGAAAUAUUGGUUCUCCAGAUCCAAAGACAAAAACACACGUGCCAUAUGCCAGAAAACCUGGCAAGGAGCCAGAAGAGGAAACCUACAGUGCAGAGAACUUCCGUCGCAUUGCACGCAGUCUCAGUGGGACAGCCCUCACAAGCAAAGAGGAGAAACUUGUUUCUUUUCAGAAUUUUGAAGUGUCCAGUGAGAGGAAAAUGUCAGUGGAAGCCAGGCACCAUUCUUCCAGCACUACUUCCCUUCCGUUUCCUCCCAGUUCGCCCCCUGUGCUACCCUUCUACCUGCAGCGCUCUUCAUCCCAACUGCAACCCUUCUCCCAUGAUGCCCCAGUGACUAGUCUGGUGGGCAAGAUGCACAGACAAUCAGGAAAUCAGAAGAGCAUCCAAAAAUGUCUAGCUGCGCCUGACAGGAGUGCAGCUUUCCAAACAGAAGACAACCCAUGUGGGCCACUGAGUUACGGAAGCCCCACUUACAAACAGGACCUGUCUUCUGAAGGGCAAAAAUCUCUUAAUAGAUCUUUAGACAGUGGAACAUCAAACACUUUCAACCUCUGUAGGCUACAGAGAAGUCCUACUGACCAAGAGAUAGCAGUAUUGUCAGAUAGAGAAACAGUACAUUGGGAAUAUACUACACAGAUGAACAAGGGCUCACAAGAACAUUCGCCCCAGUGGCCACUCCCUCAAGGAAAGGAUGAAGCUUGUGGUCUUGAUUGGAGGCAAUCGCCUAGCAGGGGUUACAGCACAGUAUCACAUGGAGCUUCAAGACACAAAGGCUUUCAAAGUUGCCUUCUGACUUCCCAGCAAGCUAAGGUCCGAGGCCCAAGACGAGUAGAUAUGCCCCCAGAUGAAGACUGGCGGCAGCACACCUUUGCUCCACAGCCUGCAACAAGAAGAAUGUUGCCAGUGCACAUGAUGGAUGGAGCUUCUUCAUCCUCUUUGGAAAUGCCCUGUAAAACACUAGCCCAUGCAGCUGUUGCCUCCAUGCACAGCCAUGACUGGUGAAAUGUCACCCUGCCAUUUGGUUGUUCCUUUUUGAAAUAGGCUCUUAUCUGAAUUGAAGAUACUGAAAUAAGAUAGCAAGAUUUUUUCAGCCACUUAUUGCCAGUUUUGUCUUUAAAGUAGUUAUAUGAUUGCCGAAAACUAACUGCACUUUAUUUCUGUGUAUGUACUGCUGUUUAUAAGAAUCUUUUCACCAAUUCCAUUCCUAACCUUUCGCUACAGGAAAUGGUUUAUCACUCACCUGCAGGAGAAGGGAGGGUAAGGUUUGCAUUUGAACUAAAAAUUAAAUCCUCUGAUAUUUUCUAUAGGCUGUAUUUGGUGAAUUAAUGUAUCAUGUUAAGUAGCACUAGAAAACCUAUGUGCCAACUUACAAUUCAAUGUUACGUUCUUCUGCUCCAUUACAUGCUGGGGGGAAGAUGUUAGAAUCUUUUUACAGAACUGGCAAAGCUUAUAAUUUAAUAAGGCACUUUGUGCUGAGAUACAGGCACAGAUAACUACUGUAGGGGCUAGUGAGGGAGUGGUAAGAAAUAUGGCACCAGCCCAUUUCCCAUUUUUUUCAAAGUAGACUAACAGUGUUUGAAGUAGCACAUUUAAUAAACACAGAAUCACUGUAACUAUUUUAGGCUCUGACAUACUUGCCUUUGUAAGUUUUUUCAAAUAAAUCAAUGAAAUAGUUAUAUCUAUUGAAUGAUUAUUAAUUGCUUUUACCUCUUCAGAAAGGUGUUCAAAAAAUUGGAACAGUUCUUUCACUGUUCAAACUUUUUUUUACUCUCCACAGUAUUAAA